UGCAUUCGGACUUCGUCCUCCGUUGAGUUCAGACGUAUGGUAUACUUAAAUAAUUGUUUAAAAAAAUAACAAAUCGUAUUAAUCAUAAAACUGUGAUACUUUAUAAACCAUGAAGUGGUUUCUGUUGUUUUUGGUAACCCUUGGCAUAGGUUUAGCAAAGGCUAGCUCCAACUAUAACCAUUAUCGCCUGCCAACUGCCCUUCGACCCCAGAAGUAUGACUUAAGCAUCUUAACGCGUCUGGAAAAUCCAAAGGAUCUCCGAUUCAGUGGCAGUGUGAGAAUCGUAAUUAAAGCCCUGCAGAACACCAAGAAUAUAACACUUCACUCGAGGGAUCUGGCGAUCGAUGAGUCCCAGAUAACUCUUCGUCAACUCAGCGGAGAGAGAAACUCUGAUAACUGUGUGAACUCCACCGAGGUGAAUCCCACCCACGACUUCUAUAUUCUCAACACCUGCCAAGAACUCUUAGCUGGCCAUGCCUAUGAGCUGAAUUUGAUCUUUUCCGCCAAACUAAACCGACAACUGGAGGGAUAUUACAGAAGCUCCUACUUGGAUCCUGAAGCAAAUGAGACGAGAUGGAUUUCCAUUACCCAAUUUGAACCAGCUUCGGCUCGAUUGGCAUUCCCCUGCUUCGAUGAGCCCGGCUAUAAGGCACCAUUCGUGAUCACAUUGGGAUAUCACAAGAAGUUCACAGGUCUCAGCAAUAUGCCCGCCAAGGAAACAAAGCCACAUGAAUACCUGACGGAAUACAUUUGGACGGAAUUCCAAGAGUCAUUGCCAAUGCCCACUUACCUGGUUGCAUAUUCCGUUAACGAUUUCUCCCACAAGCCUUCUACUCUGCCAAAUGGCCCUGUUUUCAGGACCUGGGCUAGGCCCAAUGCCAUCGAUCAGUGUGACUAUGCCGCAGAGUUUGGACCCAAAGUACUUCAAUAUUACGAACAGUUGUUCGGCAUUAGGUUUCCGCUUCCUAAGGUCGAUCAGAUAGCAGUUCCAGACUUUAACGCUGGUGCUAUGGAGAAUUGGGGUCUGGUAACGUACAGAGAGACUGCACUCCUGUACUCCGAUGCGGUUUCCUCGCUGGAGGACAAACAACACCUAUCCAACGUAGUAGCUCAUGAGUUGGCACACCAGUGGUUUGGCAACUUAGUGACUAUGAAGUGGUGGACUGAUCUCUGGCUGAACGAGGGAUUCGCCACUUAUGUGGCCAGCCUGGGCGUGGAAAACAUUCAUUCAGAGUGGCGUUCCAUGCAGCUAGAGUCGUUGUCCAACCUGCUAACUAUUUUUCGAAAGGACUCCUUGGAAAGCAGUCAUCCCAUUUCGAGACCAAUAGAAAUGGUUUCACAGGUAUUUGAGAGCUUUGAUGCAAUUUCUUAUGAGAAAGGAUCAUCUGUGCUUCGCAUGAUGCACUUGUUCCUGGGGGAGGAAUCUUUCCGCUCCGGUUUGAAAUCCUAUCUAGAAAGGUAUGCUUAUAAGAACGCCGAACAGGAUAAUCUGUGGGAGUCACUUACCCAAGAUGCCCACAAAAAUGGAGCUCUGCCAAAGAACUUUGACAUCAAGACCAUCAUGGACUCGUGGACUCUGCAAACCGGCUACCCAGUGAUCACUGUAACGCGUGACUAUACGACCAGGACGGCGAAUCUUAGUCAGGAGCGCUACCUCCUCAAUACUGAUAUUUCUAGGGUACACCGCGGCGGAUGUUGGUGGGUGCCACUGAGCUACACCACCCAGCAGGAGAAGGAUUUCAACAACACGUUUCCCAAGGCGUGGAUGGAGUGCAGCCAGUCGGGCGAAAGCCUUCCGACGACUAUUCAGGAUCUGCCUGAUCCCAAUCAUUGGGUGAUCUUUAACAACCAGCUAUCGUCGCCUUACAAGGUCAACUACGAUGCCCAGAACUGGAAGCUUUUGAUAGAGACUUUGAACAGCGAGCAGUUCCAGAGCAUCCAUGUGGUCAAUAGGGCCCAGCUUGUAGACGAUGUCCUGUAUUUCGCCUGGACUGGUGAGCAGGAUUACGAGAUCGCGUUGCGAGUGAUCAACUAUCUGCAAGGAGAGAGGCAGCUCCUACCUUGGAGAUCGGCCUUCGACCAUUUAACGCAUUUGGGUCGCAUUAUUCGGCCAACACCUAACUUUCAGUUUUUCAAGCGCUUCAUAAAGAAACUGAUCGCCCCGAUUUACGAGGAUAUGAACGGCAUUAACGACACAUAUACAUCGAUCCAAAAGCAGGAUGACAUUCUGCUGAAGACGACGGUGGCGACUUGGGCAUGCAGCUACCAUGUGUCCGAUUGUGUGGCCCAGGCUUUGGCCUACUUCCGCAACUGGCGAUCGGAGGCCAAUCCUGACGAGAAAAACCCGGUGCCCAUUGAUGUUCGAAGCCCUGUUUAUUGCGCCGCAAUUAAACAUGGAUCCGAUGGGGAUUGGGAGUUUCUGUAUGAGCGGUACCUGAAGUCGAAUGUGGCUUCCGAAAAGCUGACCAUUAUGGAUGCUCUGGCUUGUUCGCGGGAGGUGUGGCUGCUGCAGCGAUCUCUGGAGAUGGUCUUCGACCCAAGGGCGGACGUUCGGAAGCACGAUUCGGCGUGGGCAUUCCAGUCGGUGGCCUACAACGAGGUAGGCUUCCUGCUGGCCAAGAAGUACUUCAUGGACAACGUCGACACUAUCUACAAGUUCUAUUAUCCUUUAUCCAAGACCAUGUCGCGACUUUUGCCGCCACUCUACGAACAGGUCUCCAAUCGCAGAGAAUACAAUGAGUUCAAGGACUUUGUUGCCAGUUCGCAGGAGUCACUGAAGGGAAUGGAUCAGGCUAUCCAACAGACCCUGGAGAUAAUGCUCACCAAUGUGCAGUGGAAGGAACGAAACUAUCAUUCAUUCACAGGUGCCAUCAAACAAAUAUUAAAAGUUCCUGUUCGUCAGUAA